AUUCCAACAACAACAACAACGCCAUAUCACAAAUUCUAUACCCAAAAUGCCUGGAAACUACGAACUACUUUGCCUCGAAAACCCGCUUCUGGAUAUCCAGGGUGUUGGUGACCAGGCUCUCCUCGACAAGUAUGGCUUGAAGGCCAACGAUGCGAUCCUUGCCGAUCCCGAGAAGCACAUGGGUCUCUACGAGGACCUGAUUCAGAACUACAAGGCCGUUCUCAUUGCUGGCGGUGCAGCGCAAAACACAGCGAGAGGUGCGGCAUAUAUCCUUGAGCCAAACUCGGUCGUCUACAUUGGCUGUAUUGGCAAGGACAAGUACGGUGAGACGCUGGAGAAGAUCUCUGCCGAUGCUGGUGUCAAGACCGAGUACCUCUACGAUGAGAAGACGCCCACCGGUCGCUGCGGUGUUGUCAUCACUGGCCACAACCGUUCCUUGUGCACAGACCUCGCCGCUGCGAACAACUACAAGCUCGAGCACUUGAAGGAGGAGCGCAUCUGGAAACAGGUCGAGAAUGCCAAGGUCUUUUACGUCGGCGGAUUCCACUUGACUGUCUGUGUUCCAGCUAUCAAGGCGCUGGCCGAGGAGGCUGCCGCUAAAGACAAGCAAUUUAUUCUCAACCUUUCUGCGCCCUUCAUUUCGCAAUUCUUCAAGGACCCUCUCGACGAGAUUCUGCCAUACGUCGACAUUCUCAUUGGCAACGAGACCGAAGCCGCCGCAUUCGCCGAAGCCCACGGUUACGAGACCAAAGGAUGUCAAAGGAAAUUGCGAAGAAGAUUGCCAGCUUGCCCAAGAAGAACACCAACCGACCAAGGACCGUCGUCAUCACCCAGGGCACCGACCCCACCAUUGCCGUCAGCGCAAAGGACGGCAGCGACGUCGAUGUCAAAGAAGUCUCCGUGCACGCAAUCACCGAAGACAAGAUCAACGACACCAACGGUGCCGGUGAUGCCUUUGCCGGUGGUUUCGUCGCCGGUAUCGUCCAGGGCAAGCCGCUCGAGAAGGCCAUCGACAUGGGCCAGUGGCUCGCCAAGCUCAGCAUCCAGGAGCUGGGUCCCUCGUACCCGCAGCCCAAGCAAACUUACAGCAGCUAAGCGUCUCCCUCUUUACACUUGAGUGAGCGCUGAAGCUCGUGUAUUUCAACAAUCUACGAGAGAGAGAGAGCAUACUACACCGCGACGAGGGGUCGUUGCUUUUGCCGUUCACCAACGAUUCUCGUUUUGGUAACGGCAUCGCCGAAGAUGAUAAAGUAUCACUGAGAUGGUGUGUUUGACCUUUUGGGCGUCUUAUCUUACAUAAAAGUGGAGAUUUGGCCUUUCAACAGCCAAAGAUGAUACCCUCAGCCAAAUAUGCUGCUAGACAUGAAAUAAACAUUUUGACGAUGCAA